AUGUGGCUGGGUUUGACAGCGAUAUUUGGAUUGAUGCGGAUGUCGGAUGCGUUGCAAUGCUACUACGAAGACCUCGGCGAGAAUAAUAUCACGGGAGCGCCCACAUGCGAGGGCGACGUGUGCCUCCGUUGGUUGGCCGGUCCGCCCGAAUCAUCAUGGGAGAUGGCGGCCUGUAUCAGCGGAAAGAAAUAUCUGAAGUUGGGUUGCGAAUACGAUGAUGUCACGUCGGAGAUACCUCGAUAUUUCUGUGUCUGCAAUACGACAAACUGCAACGCAUCCCCACCCACAUUUACCACAAACGAAGCGGGAGCAGUUCUGGUGGCGGUGUUGGAUAAUGUUUCCCUACCAGUCCACACACGACACAUUGUCCAAUGCUACAAUAAGGGCGGCUGGAGUGGCGAUGAGGAUAUUCACAACGUGUCGUCAGCUUGCGUACAAGAAAUACAUUACUAUCCGCUGGAGAAUGGUGGCGGUAGCGAGAUGAACAGCUACCUACUGGGUGGCGAGCGGUCGGUAAUGUUUGGGCAGAACAUGGCGGCGGAACCCUGGAGAAUG